AUGCUGGGAAGGGGCCGAUUAGAUAAGAGCGCGGACCAGAUGUAUGACGUCAAGGAUGUUCCUGCGGCAAACACGAGAAGGGCCGGGCACGAAUCGGGAGGCCGGGUGAUGGUAGAGAACCAUGGCCGUGAAAGAGUGGUGACGCCAGCGGGACGAGCGGAUCGCCAAACCUUGAUCACAAUUGAUUUCAUGACUGUCCCUUAUGGUCAGGCAUCGCGAUACGCGUUAGAUGGCAUGCAUCUUGAGGGUAAAUCAUUACACACCUCCCUGUCCGGACGUCCCGAGUUCGGCUUACCAAGUUACCCUCCUGUCAGAAAUAAGCUUCGUGGACCAGCCCAUCCAGCGUUGCAUGCAUGUGCCCUCCUUCACGUCAUUGCGAUCCUUGCUGUCAUGACCUUCCGCUGCUCCCGAUGCAGCCAGUCCUACCAGUAA